AUGAGGGGUGGUGGUGGAUGGUCCCCUUGUCUUCGAACCCUGGGUGGACAAAGGGGCUUCCGGAAAGAGAGGAGGAGGAUGGCCAGUGGGAAUGGGCUCCCUUCAUCGUCGGCCCUGGUGGCCAAGCGCCCCUCUGCCCUGGGCCCAUUCCCCAGAUACAUCUGGAUCCACCAGGACACGCCCCAAGACAGCCUCGACAAGACUUGCCAUGAAAUCUGGAAGAGAGUCCAGGGCCUGCCCGAGGCCUUGCAGCCCAGGACCUCGAAGGAGCAGCUCUCUGCCCCCAUGGCUGGGACUCCAGGAGACAACGUGCUCAGCUUCCAAGAAGAAGCUCUGGAGCUCAGCAGUGGCAAAGAUGAGAUCUCCCUGUUGGUGGAGCAGGAGUUCCUGAGCCUGACCAAAGAGCACCUCAUCCUGGUCACAGAGGACUCUGGGGAGCUGGAGGUAGCCGGCAGCUCUCCCGAGGGGCCUAGACAGCCAGCUCCCUGCCUUCUUGUGCCUCCUCUGGUGGCAGGCAACAGUGAGUGCCCAGGAGCUGCCAUCAUUGCUGAUGACAAGCUUCUGGAGCCGAAGCUGGCCGUGUCCGUUAUCGGCAGCCGGCAGGACUGCGAUUCUGCCAUGUCUAUGGUCAAGGGCAUCCUGCGUGCUGCCAAGGUCAAGAGUGCCAAAGGGACAGAGGAUGGGGGCCACAGCCUGGGUGCCUCCAACUCAGAGAUCAGCAAGCUCCUGGCCCAGUUCCCACUGAGGUCCACAGAAGCUUCCAAGGCCCCCGACAACAAGAUGGUGCUGGAGGAGACCAAGGUCAUCAAGGACUUCCUGCAGAACAGCAUGUUCAGUGGCCCUGGACCCGGGGAGCCCGCGGGGCUGGGUCCAUUUCUGCUGCUGCCACCCUCGCCUCCUCCCGUGCCUCCCGACAAGCUCCCCGAGCUCCCUGCUCAGAAGAGGCAGCUCCCAGUGUUUGCCAAGAUCUGCUCCAAGCCCGAGGCUGACUCCCCCAUGGAGGGGCACCGCUUGAUGGAACGGAACUUUGGUGCCAAGGAACCGACCAAGGGUCAAGAGAGCCUCUUUCUCAGUCAGUGGCCCCAGAGCCAGAAGGACACCUGUGGUGAGGAGGGUUGCAGUGACCCAGUGGGCUCCAUGUCCAUAGCCCUGCCAGCCAAGAAGCCUGCAUGGCCAGCCAAAAAGAACCUGCUCUAUGAGUUCCUUGGGGCCACCAAGAACCCAAGCCGGCAGCUGAGGCUUCGCAGCAAAGUGGAGGUGGAUGGGCUGAAGCUGAAACUCAACCCACCUGCGACAGCGGCCGACAAGAACAACCUCAAGUACACGGGGAAUGUUUUCACUCCGCGCUGUGGCACCACCUUGACCUCGGCAACCAUGAACCAGCCACUCUGGCUCAACCUGAACUAUCCACCUCCGCCUGUGUUCACAAAUCCCUCCAACUUCCCACAGUAUCAAGGCCUGUACCCGCAGCAGGCGGCCAGGAUGCCCUUUCAGCAGGCCCAGCACCCCCCGCUGGGGUGUUACUCCCGACAGGUGACGCCGUACAAUCCUCAGCAGAUGGGACAGCAGAUUUUCCGCUCUUCCUACCCCCCACUGCUGAGCUACGUCCCCUUCGUCCAACCCAACUAUCCGUACCCUCAGAGGACACCUCCAAAGCUAUCCAACAAUCCCCGAGAGCCUUCCCCCAUGGCAGGAGAUGGGCCGCAGUACCUCUUCCCCCCGGCAUACAGGUUUGGCUCCACGUCUGGUGGGCCCCUGAUGAACAGCCCCUACUUUUCUUCCAGUGGGAACGGCAUAAAUUUUUAG